AUGGCACAGCGCAUCCUUCUCAUCAACGGGCCAAACCUCAACCUCCUUGGGACACGAGAGCCCCAAAUCUACGGCUCAACAACGCUCAACGACGUCGUCACGCAAGCCCAAACCCAAGCAGCAGGACUAUCUAUACAAAUCGAAGCCUUUCAGUCCAACCAUGAAGGAGCUAUCGUAGACAAGAUCCAAGCCGCUCGCGGAAACAAGGACGGAGUCAUCAUCAACCCCGGGGCUUUCACCCAUACCAGCGUUGCAAUUCGAGAUGCACUCUUGGGCGUGGGAAUCCCGUUUGUCGAGGUCCACGUCUCGAAUGUUCACGCACGGGAGCAAUGGAGACGACACAGCUAUUUGAGUGAUAAAGCGGAGGCGGUCAUUUGUGGGCUCGGCGUGUUUGGAUACACAGCUGCAAUUGACUUUGCUGCGAAGCAUAUGAAGGUCAAGAAUGUAUCGCCUAAGCUUUAG